AUGGCCGACAGGGCUAUCCAAAGUGUAGCCAUUAUUGGAGCCGGUAUUUCGGGGGUUGUUAGUGCUGCCUACCUUUUGGCAGCCGGAAAAGAGGUGACCGUCUUUGAAAGAAGCCAAGCAGCAGGCGGAGUCUGGCUCUAUGAUAAACGAGUGCCGAUCGAAGCCCAGUAUCCAUCAGUUAAACCACUUGAUGCGAAACAGUAUGUCCAGGAUGGCCGUGAGGGCAAAGAAAGGCAGAAUCUACUGCAUGCACCACCUGGUCCAUGUUAUGAAAGUCUGACAAACAAUGUAUCAACGCCAUUACUACGCACUAAGUUAAAUGCUUGGCCGGAAGGAACUCCGCAUUAUGUCAAUCACAGUGUUCUGAAGGAUUACAUUCAAGAUACUUCCAACAAAUCAGGUGUCAGUAAUGCGACUAUUUAUGGUGCUUUGGUCACGAAGGUAUACAAGCAAGAGCAAAAGUGGCAUGUCCAUUGGACUUCAUUGAAUGAGGAUCUCCAAACGGCGAGUUUGGUUGAGAGUCACAAAUCAAUGAUAUUUGAUGCUGUCGUCGUAGCAUCCGGCCAUUACCACACCCCCUUUGUUCCAGAUAUCCCGGGUCUUUCCCAUGCGAAAGAAAGAUGGCCAACGAGAAUCACCCAUUCGAAGGCAUUUCGAAACGCUGAUGGCUUUGAAGGAAAGAAUGUGCUCCUGAUAGGGGGUGGGGUAUCUUCAAUGGAUAUUGCUCGAGAAAUCAGUACUGUCUCGCAGACCAUCUAUCAAAGCACCCGAGGGGGCAAAUUUGACAUUCCCGCUGUUGCACUCCCAGAGAAUGCCUCAAGACUCGAGGAGGUCGCAUAUUUCCAAAUUAACGAGUCACCGAAUAAUCCCAAUCAGCACUUACCGGUUACUGUGUGCUUGAAGUCUGGUCAAAUCCUGCACAGUAUUGACAGAAUAGUUCUCUGCACGGGCUACCAGAUGGACUUACCAUUCUUUCCCCAGUAUAACGACAACUCAGUGCCUGUGACGGAGGCGGAUGACUCUAUACUUGUCACGGAUGGCACACAGAUCCACAACCUGCAUCGCGACAUCUUUUACAUCCCCGACCCAACCUUGGGGUUUGUGGGUAUUCCUUUCUAUACCGCUACAUUUACCUUGUUCGAAUUUCAAGCCAUCGCCGUUACAGAGGUUUUCUCGGGGAAUGCACAGCUGCCGCCAACCAAGGACAUGAGAGAAGAGUACCUGGACAGAAGUCGAACCAAGGGCUACGGGCGGAACUUUCAUUCGCUAAAGGGUGAAGAGGACACUUACGUGGAACAACUUCUGGAUUGGGUGAAUGGUGAUAGAGCCCAACAGGGGUUAUUACCGAUUGAAGGGCAUACUUGGUCUUGGGUGGAGGCAAAAGAACAGCAAGCUGAGCGAUUGAAACAACUCUUCCAAGGAUCUUUACAGAUUUACAAACCCGAAAUUGGCGCUCAGGGGGUGGGAGUUUCCGCAUAG